GUCACGUCGGAGGCCAUCACAGACCAGCUCAGGCAGCUCGCUUGGGAUCUCCAGCAGCAGGUGACCGCCCCGAAGGCAGCCCAAAACGCUGCUCUGGACCAGCUGCAUAUUAUCGCAGAGCUGCAGCGAAAACAGUACAUCGUGCGGCACGAAGCUUACGCACAGCAGGCAAGUAUGGAUCAGGAAUACCAGCAGGAGGAGGUGCGCGGAAAAGAGUACCAUCCGCAGAUGAAGCACGAGUGGCAGAACACUAUGGACGCGAGGCAGCAUAUCGAAGGUCAGAUGGCGAUGCCGGCGGCGCACAAUUUACUUGGACCCCCUGACCGUCAAGGCCCAGUUCAGGUCCCGAUGGUAGCGAGCCAGCAAGUGGAUGCAGCCACGGAGCUCAUCGAGCAGCAGCUUCUUCAGCAGCAGCAAGGCAUCAGGCUGAGUAGUUACGCCCCAAAGCUGGUAGUUGGCAGUGCAGGUACUCAGGCUCCCGAGUCCCAACUCAGACAUGAGUCCAAGUGGGAGCAGCACCAGGAGUAUUUGCAGCACGAGGAGGAAAGCACAUAG